CAAAAGCACUUCAUAUCGAUUGCAAAAACUUUCGUCUUCUCUGACAGUGGAAAAAACUUGGAAACAGUUUUAAACAUUGUAGAAGAGUAGGCUACUUGUUUUCCUUAAGUAAUUGACAAAAUGUUCAUGUUUGUGUAUAUGUUGUCAUGCUGGAAAGUCGUCAGUGCAGGUUCUCACUCACUGAUGACUUUGGUUACAUACAUAGAUGGACAAACACAAUUUCCUGAGUUCAGUGUUGUGGUGAUGCUGGAUGAUUUGCAAAUAGGAUAUUAUGACUCAGUUACAUGGAAACCUGUGUAUCGCAUUCAUAGUGAUGCAAAAUACUUCGAAGAAGAGCAAAGUGAUGCUGGUCUUGUGUUUGGUGAUAUGUACACUGGCAUGAAAAAUCGAGUAUUUUAUCUUAAAAAACUCCAAAAUCACACAGCUGGUGUAUAUGUUCAACAGAGACUUGCUGGGUGUGAAUUGUUGAAUGAUUAUAAACCAGGUCCAGUUCAUUUCUGGGAUGCUUUUGGAGGGCAAAAUAUGGAGGAGUUAAUUUUUGACACACAAAAAAAAGAUAUCCAGAUAAAAAAGCCAUGGAUGAUAUCAUGGGACCAAACAAAACUAAAUAAAGUAAAGUUUAUGUAUGAAAAUUUGUAUCAUCCUACUUGCAUUAAAGUUUUGCAAAGGUACCUGAAUAUGGAAAAGAGCAAUUUGAUGAGAAAAGUGAAACCCAGAGUCAGACUCAUAAAGAAGACAAUCUCAGACUCUCAAGGGCUUCAGAUCAGCUGUCUGGCCACUGGUUUUUACCCCCGUCACAUUAACCUGACCCUGUUCAGAGAUGGUCAGCCUGUGGAUGAUGAUCAGAUCACAGGAGGACAGAUUCUGCCCAACGGAGACGGAACGUACCAGAUGAGGAAGAGUUUGGUGAUCAGUGAAGAAGAGCUACGUGAGGAACAUAAAUACAACUGCACAAUGAAGCAUCUCAGUCUGGACAACAAACUGGACUUUACAUUUGAUGUGGCUGAAUCUGACCCAGGAUUCUUCAGUCAGUCUGUAGUUUUCAGUGUGCUGGUGUUCAUGUGUGUGGCUGUUCUCAUAAUAACUGCACUCAUCAUACGGAGGAAGAGACGAGCUGCUGGAUGAGGAUCUGGAACAUCACAGAUUAUAUACUCCCCUACUCAAUGUGAGUACACAGUUUUAUCCAGCAAUAUAAAUUCAUCAACAUGCUCAUUUUCAGAUUAAAAAAACUUUUAUAUGAGGACAAAAAAUACUUUUUUAUUUAUUUAUUUA